AUGGCGCUAACCUACAACAGAGAGUUGUGGUCAACGAACCCCCAGGAACUGAUACGAAUUCCAGUGGCCGUUGUAAGGUCUCUCCCUCCUGUAGAAUUAACCCUCUCAUAUUCAACCCACACAUCUGCAGCUAUUAAAGGAUAUGUCGGUGGGAAAUUAAGCAUUCGCACCAGUUACGCAGCAGACGGCAAAUACGUGGUUUCACAACAGUUUUUAAAUGGCUCGGAAGUGGCUGGUGACAUCUCGACGUACAGCUGGAACCUGACAGACGGAGAACACACUGAUCUCAAUACUAAAUAUGGCGUCAAUCUGACCUUUGAUGUUCAACAAAAGGUUUUGUUCAACGCUUCUAUAUCCUGGCACGAGAAAGACAUAGCUAUUGACCUAGCACCGCCAAUAGAGAUCACACUGAAGCCAUCAGUUCAUGUGUUGUCCAAGGUCAAAGGCCACAGCCAGUGUCUUGAAAGUAAAGUGAAUGUAACUGGUGAUUUCCACGUGUCUAAAGCUGAACUUGAGGUCGAAGCGUUUGGGUUGACCAUAUGGGAUGUUGUUCUACAUCCUGAAAUGUCAAAAACCUUCACCAUGACGACUAAGACUCUUCGUAAGACUUGCCGAGCACACUGUCACAGCCAGGUACAACUGGGACCACCAGAAACAGCCGAAGACUACGAGGUCUUCAUGGCGAUUUGUUGCAGUUCUCGCCAGAAGGAGAAAAUUCCACAUGAACAUGUACAAGUAGAAGAAGCCUGGGACGAACCAUCUUCGAGUCACCCAAACGGUCGACAUAAUUCGUCAUCACUGUAUUACGAGGGACGAGCAGCAGUAGUUGCUGUUGAUGUCCAUGAAGAUGAUGUCGUCAACAGGCUGGCCGAACUAGCCGUGUGUGCGAGCUUUGAUUAUGUACGAAUACUUGAAGCUACUGGUCAAGUCGAGGUAGCUGUGAAGAGAAAUGGGGAACCUACUGUAGAUGACGAACAUGAUGAUGACUGGUCGAAACAGAUGUUUCGCGAAGCAAUGAACACAACAGAUAUUGAUGAAGCAACAACUUCAUGUCUGAAGUCUGCUCCAUCUCUAAGCGUAGGAGAAUCUUACCCUGAUGGAUCCCAGAGUGAGACUGAGAUGUGUGGUCCACUACAGAAACAACUGUACAUGGAUGAUCAAAGAGACAUGAAAAGAUUAUAUCAUUACACAUUCACCGAUGUUGAGUUCACGGCAGAGACAGGUGGCAACUGGUGCGGCAUAGAGACGCGACUCUGCAGGCCAUGUGAUCCAUUAGACAGCAGGGAAUCAUGGGAUUGGUGCAUCACUAGGAUGAUGACUCCGCGGAUUGCUGUUGCUUUAAGAACAAUGGCGCAGACAGCUCGUGCAGAUGGAAUAGAAAUAAAAGUGUUGGCAAGCUUCCUUGAAGAAAGUGGACAGACGAACAAUUCAGGUGGACGAUCUGAGUUAUAUCGUGAAGGAAGAGGCAUCAUGCUUACGACUAAGACAGGCAAAGAUCUCAACAAGCUAGCUCGACAUGCAAUCUGUGCAGGAAUUGAUUACGUCAGAUACACAACACCAACCUAUAUAGAAGGAUUUGUCUUACCUCAGAGCGACUACCAAGCUAAGCUUAUAAAUUUUAUAGACGGCCCAAGUCAUCUGGAAGUGAAGCCACCUUCUACCCUGGCUGAUGAGUACAAACACCCCAUCCACCUGAACAACGAAGACGCAAAACCACAGUUAGUUGAUGGACAUUACGACCAACAUGCAGUUUCUGAACAUUACACGUUGGCUGAUAUCAAAGAUCCAGGAAAGCGGUAUCUCAGAUUUGACUCUUCUCUGCUAGAAUGUUUGGAACUAGCAUCAGAUGAUUUAGACUCCGUGUUUAAGAUUGUUCCCGGAUCUGCAUACCGCACCAGGUCCUCGAACCGUAAUAAUCUAGACACGAGACAUCCCGAAGAAAUGUGGAGGUUUGAAGCAGGACAAGCUGUUGAGAUUAAACACGGGAAGACAGAUUCGGACCAGGCGCUUGUCGACAUGGCUAGUAGCAUACUAAAGAGCUGCACCACGUUUCUGAGACUGGAUUUACGAGGAAUUGGACUCGGAUGUCAUUCUGAUAGGCUCUACCUUGAUGUCAGACCACUGAUAGAAGGUUUGGAAACGGAGUUCAUUACACUGUGGAAUACAGACAAUACAACGUACUGCAAAGAAAUUGGCCAUUUGAAGGAUGCAUUACACAAAGGAGGACCCGCCAUUGCACCCAUUGACGUCAGUACAACGUGUAGCAACAUUCCUGUGGGCGACGAUUUGACAUACAUAACUUUUCAGUUUGGACAGAACGAAUUGUGUGACGUCAAGCCCCGAGUGACAUUCUGCAGCAAAUCGAGAACAGCCCGCGAGGAGGAAGUCUUAAAGUUGCAGGAGAGAAUGACGGACACGGCCGGCUUUGGGCGACUCCCGCGUCAUGUCAUCAUGCCAGACAUCAAAGCGUGUCUCUUCGAUCUUUGCGGGGGUUGUCCAGGAGCAGGACCAAUGUGGGACAAGAAGGUCAAGGCGUGUGCUAACAUGGUUCACAAGUAUCUGAGUAGAGCAGCAAGACCUUUCCCUGAUCUUAAAGACAAGGCGUCGUUCUACAACACCGCGUCCCCCGUGUCCAGCGUCCACUCCUUGGCCUGUCACGACCACAACGUCUGCGUGGAGUCCGUGCAGCUACACUCCAUAUUCAUGCCACUUGUGUCAUCCCUAUACCGACCCAAUAUAACGAGUAGCCAGGAGUUUAUGUUGUUUAGCUCCGAACAGAAUCCUGUUCCCAUACUAGAACUUGUAGAACAGGAAAUGGCAUACAGAGCUAGUGGGAAGGUCAAGGUCUUCAUAGAAGAGGAUAAAGAUGUGUCGUCACUGCGGCAUGUCCUAAAGGUUAUCAUGGCAUAUAACAGAAAUGUUACAGAAGUAGAGUUCCAUGUAGCUGAUGAUUUGGACGAGGAUUUGGUAGGAGCUGCCAUACAGAGAAAGAUUGACAUGUGGGCCAAGAACACGUGUCCCAAAUGGAGCAGGUUUGCUAUCGCUCCAUAUUCUGUGCACACUAUCCCACCUUCCCGCAAGAAGAGGAGCCUGGAGAGAAGUAAAGACAGGAACGAAGCUCGAUCUAGGAUCCACGACUGGGAAAUGGAGUGGCUGAUGAAAUUAUUAUAAAUAUAUGAAGCAAACAUAUAGAACUUUCUUAACUGCAGUGGCAUAGACAUAUGGUUUUUUUUUUUAUAUAAAACAAGAAAUCCGUAUACUCUUAUUGAAUAAUAUAUUGCAAAUGUUUUCACACGAUAUUUUUAAAAUAAAAUUAAUAAAUAAGUUGCUUUGAAUUUUAUUGUUUUGUGAUGAAUUUCAAACUUUGUAGAGCUGUCGGAUGUUUUUUUUUUGUUUUUUUAUUUUUUAUUUUUUUUAUUUUUUUUUUUUUUGUUGGAUGCAUUGUUUAGUAGGUGUGUGACUGUAGGAAACAGGAGACAUGAUGAAAACAGAACGGUUCACAAUUUAGGGGCCUAAGUCACAAGCUCUCUUAAGCUCUCUUAAGCGACAUCGCAUCGUCCUUGUAUGUGUUCUAUAAAAUAAAGUUCAUAGAGCUACAAACAUUAGAUGGAUCUCAAACAGUGCCACUCUAAAGAUGAAAAUGUACGUUCUCUUUAACACCAGGAGAAAAAGUUACAAUAUUAUA